UCCGCCUCGUCGUGGCUCCUUUGGCCCCAGUAGUAAGCGAUCCUGUCUCCAUGACGACGACGCGUCCCUGCCUCCCAGCUCCGGACCCAGAGAUUGGCGAGCCCCGCAGGCCUUCAGUGUCCGCCCUUCGGGUGAUUGGCUUGAGGGGACCACAUCUCGUAAGAAGCGCUGAGGGGACUGCGGGUCUCCUCUCCCCGCUCCCGCCUGCGUGAUCUCUGACACCCUCAGGCCCAGCUCCUGAACCCUCAAACUUCCCGGCUUCUGCGGGUGCCAGCUUGGUGUCCCGUGGCUGCCGAGAGGCAGCCCCAGAAGGAAUUCUCUAUACAAGACAGAUGCUAUAAAGGCACCCACACCUAGACAUCAUGGCAGAUUGUUAACGUUUGAUCCAAAGGAAAAUGUGAUGAUGCAACCAAAGGAAGCAAUGUCACAUAAAUGUCUCUUUGGACACAGACCAAGAUUUGCAAGCAAACUUUAUUCUUCACCAACAAAACAAGUCUCUCUAAGUGUAGCUAAGACAUUCUCAGAAAAGAAGGAAGUCUCUUCAAAGAAGAUUGAAAAUAAAGUCUCUUUAAAAAAUACUGAAAAGAGAGUAUCUUCAAAGAGUAUCAAAAAGAAAGAUAUCUUAAAUCUACAAUCUGACCUACGGUCAUCUUACUUCUUGAAAGAAAGUACAGGUGAAGGGGGCAAAGAUGCAGUCAUUGCAAAGCAGGAGAAAAUUGAUGACUAUUGCCUUCAGGAUACUGAUAAACUGUCAAAAUCAAUGGAUGAUGAUGGUGAAGAUGAUACCAAUGAUGAAGACAGUAACCCUAAAAAGGAUAUUCCUGCCCCAUUAGAGUUAAUGGCAGAAUUCCUCAGAGCUGAAAUGGGCCGAGACUACCACCUGGCAAAAAAAUUAUGUCAGAUGAUCCUCAUCUAUGAACCAGAAAAUCCUGAGGCCAAGGAGUUUUCCUUACUUAUUGAAGAAAUGUUGCUGAAGGAGGAAGCUCAGAAUCUUGAGGAAGACGAGGAAGAAAGUGAAGAGGACAGCAGCACUGAGAGUGAAGAAGAAACCAGUGAGAACGUGAGCAACGAGAGCACUGACGAAUGCGAAGAUGGAUCAUGACAGUCGCUGCAGUUUAAACAUCAUGUAUUUUCAUUAAUGUAUACCACAGAAAUAUAAAGAAGACUGCCAUA